ACCAUUCUCAAGAGGCACCAGUGGGUGUUUUAGAGAUUUGAUAGAUUAACCUGUCAGUAACAGUCUGUACAGAUUUCUUGAAUACAAAUGUACAUGAUGAAUAGUUUCAUUUUGAAAUGUCACUGACACCAAUCACAGAACGUGAAGAUGAUUCCCGUCCUUCGACAAUAACGCCACAGUUGUUUCUACCAAACGUAAGAAAACCGGCAAACGAUCCUCAAGCUUCGAGAGUUUCUAGCGAUGUUCUUAAAAGUAACACAAUCAAGGUACAAGAAAUUGCGCAUACAUCAAAAGAUACUCCACCAGGCGACACUUUUAGAGCUACGUCACAGAAAAUUCCGCUACAACGUAAUACACCAAUUAUUAACGAACAGUCACAUAGCUCAAAACCUGCUACUUCAGCAACAAUAAAUUCUACACCGGCGCCAGUACCUUCGGCUAAAAUAACGCAUACUCGAGCUCAGAGUAAGAAAUUCAAAUGUAUUCAGUGCAAUAUGUGCUACGUUCGGAGAGCCUACCUAAUAAAACAUGUAAUGGGAAAACAUGGUACGCAGAACUGUUGUUUGAAGUGUAUGCAGAUAUUUAAUACAGACAAAGAGUAUAACCAACACAUACUUAAUUUCCAUUCACGAUUUUAUUGCGAUAUUUGUGGAGGAGCUUAUCCGAAUAGAUUUGAAUUAAAACGACACGUUGACUCCCAUAGAGAUCGUAAAGACAGAUUGUUUAAGUGUCCGUUCACCAAUUGUUCUUACUCUCAUGACCGAUUUACAUAUUUUGAAUAUCAUAUCAAUAAACAUCGCAAGAAAAGGCCAUUUUGUUGCGGUAAGUGUAACAAACAGUUUUCCUCUCGUUACAUGUUUAAUCGACAUGUUCAGAUUUGUAUUGGGGAUUUUGGCAAAUGUCCAAAAUGUGAAAGAGAAUUCGGAAACGAUAGUAUGCUGUAUGACCAUAUACAGACUUGUCAUCUGGAGAAAAUAUUUGCUUGUCCUGAAUGUGAUAAGACUUAUAAGUGGAGAGGAUCAUUGUCAAGGACACCUCACUCGUACCAUUGACGGAAGAAAUGCUAGUGUAUGUUCCCAAACAUUUUACAUUCCAAAUUAAAAGUGUGCAACUUUUCCAUUGUGAU